CGGUGCUGUCGAGGCUCCCGCAGGAGCCGCAGGCAGAGCCGCCCGAGACGGAGCUGGCAGCCGACGUUCCACGGAAAGGAUGGCCGAGAGGCUGGAGAAGGUGCCCAUCGCACUGGCCGAGCCGGAGGACGGGGAGCCCGCCCCGAUGCCCCCUGUGAGUACGGCCCGCAGCACCCCGAGCUGCCCCCCCGCUCCCCUUUUCCCAGCCACUUUUCUGCCCCCCUUUGCUGGCGGAAACUUUUUUGUUUUGCAAAAAAGUCCUACUUCUACCUUACAGAUGGAGCUCUGUCUAACGAUUUCGGAGGGAUCUGGGGGAUUUGCUGCGGACUCACAAAUAAUGCAGGGGACGGGGGACGGGACGAGACUUUCUUUCCCAGAAAGAGAAAGCCAACUGUUCUCUCCCUCCCCUCGCAAAGGAGCUGGGGAUCUUUCCUCAGAAGACUCACACAAUGGCAAAAACAGACAGGGGGUCCCUUCUUCUGCUUCUUGGGAAAAAGGGAAGGAGGAUCGCUCACUCAGGAACCCUAUUCACUUCUUCUUCCUCUUUCUACGUCCCCCCCCCCUCCAUUUUGGCACUCCAUUCCAGGCACCCCCCUCACGCGUGUGGCUUGAGACAUCUUGGAGAGAGGCGCGUGAUGUGUGUGCUCUGCAGUUCUUGUGCAAAGUGCCUCGGCUAAGGUACUUUUGGCCUGCCUCCCACCCCCAGCAUGUGCAGAGCGCCUCAAAGUGAGCAUAUGCAGAGGGCAGGUUCCCACUCCCCCCCCCCAAAAAAAAAGACUAAUGCAAAUCAGAAAAAAUACCUGACUCACACAUCUUUUUAUGGCUUUGCAGUUGGCUGAUUUGGCAACUGGCCAGGCGGAAGAAAGUCUGGCUUUAGUUGGAACCUCUCUGACACAGCUAGGACCUCUGCUCCAAAUACUAUAGCAAGCUAGUUAACUUGGGUCUGUGCCCAGAGGCCCACCAGCAUCAAAAUACAAGAUCCAGACAGAAGGGUGAUUCACUAAUUCACAGCAUUCCCAGGACCCACACGCACACCUCCCAAAUGAUGGUGUUGCACCUACAUUCCACCCUGUGGAAUUCAGAUCUCUCCCCCUACCCCCAUGGCCCCAUGGCCCUUCAGCUGGAUGUCAGGAUCAAAGCACAGGGGUGUGGGGAACCAGCAGCCACUAGCAGAAAAGAAAAGAACACAUUGGAAAAGCUGAUUUGGGUCAAGGUGCUGGAAAACCUGGAACAGGGUCUGAUCUAGCAAGGGAUCUAUUCAGAACUUAGUUUUCUUGAUCAUUGUGAAUCAUUUCUCUAUUUAUUAUUUUUAUACUAUCCCUUAUCCAGAAGCAUCUCAGAGCAGCACACAAAAACACAUUUAGAAAACCCAUGCAAUCAAGCAGUUCAGCAAAGGACUAAAAGGAGCCAAAUCUAACCUAAGUCCUCCAUGAAAUGCCCACAUGAAAAAGAUGGAUCUUUAAUUGCUUUCCAGAGGCCUCAUUGUGCAAAGUGUCACUGUGCAAAGUGCAUCAGGGCAUUGGCAAAACCUUGAACUAAGACCCAUAGUGAGUAGGCAGCCAGUACAACUCUGGAAGGAUAGAUGUUCCCACAGCAGUGGGGUGAAGCUCCACUCCAUGGUCUGCCAAUGACCCCCUGCUUUACAUGCUGCUUCUUCACCCAGUGUUGCAGCCAGAGCCAUCUUCCGUGGCAGUCCCACAAGAGAGCAUCACAGAAGUCCAAGCUGACAUGUUACAAACAAUCUGUGCCAGGUGCCUGUGGCAUUCAGGUAGCCAACAUUCCACAGAACUCAACAGCCAGGAAAGGUCUGUGCCAGGGAAGGAGCCCAUUCCCCUGCAUACCUGAGCAUAGACAUAUACGGUAGCUCUUUAGCCAGUAGCUCUUUAGGAAGGAAACAGGCUACCAGGAAAAAUGGCUGCCAGGGUCAGGAUUUGGUACUUCCUCAAAUAUUGUAACAGAAGGUGCUGCUUGUCUCUCUCCCCGCCCCCCACACUCUCCCCCCAGCACACAGUUGCCCCUUUGUGAAGCUGCUACUUCCAGAUUAAUAUGCUCAAGAUUGUACUGCACAACAGAUUGCCUAGAAAGAAUGGAGGGUCUGGCCCAAGGCCAUGUCAUAAAUUCACAGCUGAGGUGGGAUUUGAAUCAGAUAUUUUAGGCAUGAAAUACAUGGUACUUGAAUGUCAGCCCAUCGUGGCAAACGCCAGAACACGCCAGUGCCUCUUUUCCCUUGGCAUACAGUGGUACCUCGGGUAAUUUGUUCUGGAGGUCCGUUCUUAACCUGAAACUGUUCUUAACCUGAGGUACCACUUUAGCUAAUGGUAAAGUGGUAACGGCCGCUACGCCACCGUGUGAUUUCUGUCUCAUCCUGAAGCAAAGUUCUUAACCCAAGGUACUAUUGCUGGGUUAGCAGAGUCUGCAACCUGAAGCGUCUGUAACCUGAAGCAUCUGUAGCCCGAGGUACCACUGUAUUGACUUGUCAUCUCUACUUGGAAGCAGAAAGGCCAGUGCACACGAGAAGUUGCCAUCCUGGCAAGUGUUUGGGGUUUACUCUGGGGGGGGGUGCACAAGUAUCUCAUUUCUUAUAUUAAGAUGUUUGGAAGUGGAGCAUUUCCCUUACAGGAGGGCUGGUAGGUGGAAAUCUGGACAAUAGGUAGGUUUGCACCUGCCUGUCUCCCCAUUAAUGUAGGGGUGUCCACAUGAUGUCCUCCACAUCCCAAUGUUGUCUUGGACUUUCCCCCUCUAAAUGAGGAGUUUUUCAACCUUAGGAAGUCUGAAAUGGCCAGAAUUGAACCCAAACCCCUCCCCCACUAAUGGACAGGCAGGCAGGCAGGCACAAAUCCACAUUUUGCUCCAGCGUGGACAAGCCUUUGAUCUCUCCCUAUCCUCCUGGAUGUGAGCCUCUGCCCUCUUUCUUUUCUCUCAGUCUUGUGUAGACAUGCAUGUGCACACCCCAAAUUCAAAAUACCCCCUUCCUUGACUGCUUGCUCCUUUUGUUGUAAUUUUUAAGAGGGUUGAAUGGAAUUGUUCCUCACUCAGUUUCUGAGCAAAGACUUUGUGUGCCCCGUGUGAACCUCUGUGGCUUCACUGCAGAUCAGGCGCUCGUCCUCCAAAUGGCCUCUGCCUCUCUGAUUCAAGUCACUUUGCUUCCCACCCUGCUGCAGGCAUACUCAGCUGUGAUGGCAAAACCCUCCAGUACAAGGCGGCUGCUCAGGAUUGGAGCCAUGGUGCUUAUUGGCGGAACCAUCCUCCUACUCUUUGGGGCCAUGGGAGCCUUUUACUAUUGGAAGGUGACUGACAAAGAGGUGAGAAGUGAGGGAUUUGUUUGGAUUUUGUUUGGAUCAGAUACAUUGGGCUCAGGGCUACAUCUGACUGGGCCAUGAAUGAAAGUUAACCAUAUUCACCAACAGUUUCUGAAGCUACCAGCAGACCCCUAAGCUGCUCUCCUCACAGUGCCCCAAACCAUUCCCGGAAAUAAGGACUGUGUGCAGGAGACCCCUGGUAUUUUAAACAAGGCCAGGUCUUGGACUGUACUCUGUGUGUUUCCAGGAGCCAUUUCAGGGGCCAGGAUCCAUAAAGCUGAGCUACAAAAUGUGAUGCUGGUACCUUUUGAUGUGUGAAGAAAAUGCAAAACAAGCAGCAGUUGUGGAACCAGACCCUGCACUGGAAAUUGUCUGUUAUCCUUCAUUCUUCAAGUGAAUAAACUUGUUGAUAAUCAGGGGGUAGCAGGGGUGCCAACUUGAAUGAAAAAAUAUUGUGGGGGCCCAUGUAAGCCCUGCAGAAUCAGUCACAUGACACAGUGCAUGCACAUGACACAGUCACAUGACACAGUGCAUGCACAGUGCAUUUGAAUGGAAUGCUCAUAAACUUUGGGGGACUCAGCCCCCUCAAAUAUUUUAUUGUGGGGGCCAAAGCCCCCAGGGCUGCUAUGGAGGGUAGGCCGAAUGGAACACUUGGGUCUAUUGUCACCAUCUGAUAGCUGUGGCAAAUGUGUUGCACUGGGUGGCUUCUUUAGUGUGUCUUCUAGGGAGCCUUAUUUAAAGGCAAAGGACUCCUGACAGUUCAGUCCAGUUGCAGACGACUCUGGGGUUGCGGUGCUCAUCUCGCUUUACAGGCCAAGGGAGCCAGCAUUUGUUCGCAGACAGUUUUCUGGGUCAUGUGGCGCAACAAAACACCGAAACCAAUGCAGCACAUGAAAAAGCCGUUUACCUUCCCGCCAGAGUGGUACCUAUUUAUCUACUUGCACUUUGAUGUGCUUUCGUACUUCUAGGUUGGCAGAAGCUUGGAUGGAGCAGCAGUAGCUCACCCCGUCGUGGGGAUUCGAACCACCAACCUUCUGAUCAGCAAGCCCAAGAGGCUCAGUAGUUUAGACUACAGCACCACCCGCAUCCCUUGAGCCUUAUUUAGUGUGCCUCUAAUUCACAACAGAAUUCAACAAGAGUUUCUGUGGCAUAUAAGGCAGAUCUUGUGCUUUAAUUAUUAGUCUACAGCAAUGUGUUGUGGACGAAGCUGCAGUUUUAAAACUCCAGAUCCAAAUGUUUCCGUUUUGAACACAGAGACGUCCUUUAUUCGGUCAGGUUUCAUUUACAAUUCAGCCAGCAAAGUUUCAAUAAGAAACACAAACUGCCUUAGCAUUUCUUCUUGAGAGUUUGCCAAGAUCUUCAGAUAUUUUAUUUCCUCUCAUUCUGGCAUGGAGAUUUCUUCUCUGCUGCUCUUUUACAGCCAUAGCAGGAUAGAAGGUGCUACUAGGAAUAAAAUAAAUAAUAUAUCUGCAUGCAGCAGAUACAAUCCAAGCACAAUUGCUCACAAUUCCUCACAGGGUCCCCUUUCUGCAUUCUAGGCCUGGCUUUCCACAUGAAAGUAAGUAGGAUCUCUAGAAAUGUUUGGAUUGUUGACUCUAAUUUUGUAUAUUUUGGUUAAAAGAAAAAUACUAGGUAUAAUAGAAUUUCUUGGAUGCCUUGAUCCAAGUUUGGGAAAAAUACUUUUUGGUAAGUGAGCCCCAGCAGAGAUUUAAAAUAGGAAAAUAUGCAGCCAAGUAAAGUGUGGAAAUGUUGUUGUUGCUGUUUAGUCGUUUAGUCGUGUCCGACUCUUUGUGACCCCAUGGACCAGAGCACGCCAGGCACUUCUGUCUUCCACUGCCUCCCGCAGUUUGGUCAAACUCAUGCUGGUAGCUUCAAGAACACUAUCCAACCAUCUCAUCCUCUGUCGUCCCCUUCUCCUUGUGCCCUCCAUCUUUCCCAACAUCAGGGUCUUUUCCAUGCAGUCUUCUCUUCUCAUGAGGUGGCCAAAGUAUUGGAGCCUCAGCUUCAGGAUCUGUCCUUCCAUUGAGCAUUCAGGGCAGAUUUCCUUAAGAAUGGAGAGGUUUGAUCUUCUUGCAGUCCAUGGGACUCUCCUCCAGCACCAUAUUUCAAAAGCAUCAAUUCUUCGGCGAUCAGCCUUCUUUAUGGUCCAUAUGUGGAAAUAUGGGCUGUUAAAACUUUAAAACGUCCCCUUCUAAGUUGCCCACCUCCCAUGUUCCCCACUUCCCUUAGCAAACGAAGAGACCAUACAUUUGGUAAGUUAAAAUGGUUUACUUACAGCUCUUCAGAGGUCCAUGCAGCAUCAAGAAAAUACAGGAACUUUAGCUUAAGUUCCAAAGUUGUGAAUUUCUAAAUAUGUAUAGAAACACAAAGAAGGCUUGCUUAAGACACACAGCCUAAGCUUGGAGCAUCCAGCUUUGACCUCCUUACUGGUAGGUUUCACAUGAUGGGAGAAAGAGAGCAAAGUGUUUGGUAGUCCUUCUUCCCAAGGUGAGGGGGAAUGACCUGGCUAAGCCUGGAAGGACAGCUUACUCUAUGGUCUUAACCCCUUCAUGCAAGAAUAGAGCUAAACAUGUUGGUUGUAUGAGGCUGAUUUAUCCCACGUGGAUAACUGGAUGAAAUGGCAAAAGAAACAUUUUUGAAAUCUAGCACCCAGCAGCUUGUCACUCACAGGUGCCAAUUUUUUUAUUUCAUUGAAUUUAUAUCCCAUCCUUCCUCCCAAAAGAGCCCAGGCAGCGGGGGGCCACUAGGGGGCGCAUUGGAAGAUGGCCGACAAUACCAUCUCUCCGACCCACACGGGGUAACUAAGAGGCUGUUAUGGGAGUAGGCAGCCUCCCUUGUUGCCCCAAGGAAAUGGGGAACACUGCCCUUGCCUGCUGUGCCCAUAAAUCACCUCCUAAUUCAAAAGAAGGGGGUGAGGGCCCUAGGCAGAAUGCCCCCGUGUGGACCUCGGCUCUCCUGGACGCUGUCUCUGAUCGCGCACUAGCUGCAGCAAUUUGGAAUAAUUAAUUACAAAAGAAGCAAAUGCACAUAUUUCAAGUGAAGAAGGGAGUGAAGUCUGCUAAUUUAAGUGACCUCUGCGAAAGAAGACGACGGGUUGGAGAAACAGGAAUAUUUUACGAUGAAGAUACACCAAAGGCUGGGUAUGUUGACAACGGGACUGAAUGGGGGGGGGGACCUUUUUUACUUUCCUUCUAUGUGAUUUACAAGAACCCCUCCUCAUUAGAAUCGUCGGUUGAACUGACCCAAGCAGGAUGAUUAAGGUCUGUGUGGAGAUAAACUUUAACCAAAAGUAUGCUUUAUGGAGAUCGAGAAGCAAUAAGAGCUUUUGGGAAUGGCGCAGCAAUAAAUUCGGAGUCGCCAUCUUGCCAAAGGAUUUAUAGCCGGGAGGAAGAACGGACUUGUUUUUAGACUGCAUUCCUAGUGAAUCUCCUCGGAGUUUUGAGAAAGGAGGCAGAUUGGUGAAGAUUAAUGACGCUAAGACUGUUUUGAUGUAUGGAAGUGAUGUUAUAUGGAAAACGUCUGGAUAUGGCUACUGGAUAAAAAUAAUAAUAUCCACGCAGGAUUACAAACUGUUCUAACCAGCUUGCGGAGACUAUCAGAGGUCACAAAGAGAAAGGAAAAAUAUAUGAAAAUAACAACAAGAGAUGUGGAAAAACAAUAAGAAAGGACUGGAUAGUACUGUGAACAUCAUAAGGUUAGAUUUGUGGACAUUAAAACAGCAGUAAGAAGCAAGAAGUUGAUUGGAUCCCCUUCGGAACUUGAAAUAUGGGUACCUCCAACAAAAAUUUAAAAUCCGGCUGUGUAAUUUGGAAUUUAUGUAAUUUGGUUUGAUUUGAUGUGAUUGGUCAGUUAAUAAAAAAAUAUUCUUAAAAAAAAAAAAGAGCCCAGGCAGCAAUCCCAUCCACACAUAUAUCCUGACAUUUAAAUACUUUGUGCCAUGUUCAUAAUGGCAAACUUUGCUAUUUAGAUGUGCUGUUUUAACCCUUUCUUAUCAGUUAAUGUUUUAAAAGCACUAAAACUGAAACAGAGUCCCAGAAGGAGUUCUUUUAAACAACAUUUCCCCUCAAACUUGGCCCGUGGGUUGGGGGGUUAUUCUUCUGGCUGUAGAGGUUAGAUUAAUAAUAGUGGUAGUAGUAGUAGUAGUAGUAGUAGUAGUAGAAGUAGUUUAUUACUUAUACACCGCCCAUUCAACCGGGCCUCCCCAGCCACUCUGGGCGGCUUCCAACAGAAUAUUAAAAACACAAUAAAACAUCAAACAUUAAAAACUUCCCUAAACAGGGCUGCCUUCAGAUGUCUUCUAAAAGUCAGAUAGUUGUUUAUUUCCUUGACAUAUGAUGGGUGGGCGUUCCACAGGGCAGGUGCCACUACCAAGAAGGCCCUCUGCCUGGUUCCCUCUAACCUCACUUUUUGCAGUGAGGGGACCGCCAGAAGGCCCUCGGCACUGGACCUCAGUGUCUGGGUUGAACGAUGGGGGUGGAGACGCUCCUUCAGGUAUACUGGGCCGAGGCCGUUUAGGGCUUUAAAGGUCAGCACCAACACUUUGAAUUGUGCUCGGAAAUGUACUGGGAGCCAAUGCAGGUCUUUCAGGACGGGUGUUAUGUGGUCUCUGCGACUGCUCCCAGUCACCAGUCUAGCUACCGCAUUCUGGAUUAGUUGUAGUUUCUGGGUCACCUUCAAAAGUAGCCUCACAUAGAGCAUAUUGCAGUAGUCCAAGCGGGAGAUAACUAGAGCAUGCACCACUCUGGUGAGACAGUCCACUGGCAGAUAGGGUCUCAGCCUGCAUACCAGAUAGAGCUGGUAGACAGCUGCCCUAGAAACAGAAUUGACCUGCACCUCCAUGGACAACUGUGAGUCCAAAAUGACUCCCAGGCUAUGCACCUGGUCCUUCAGGGGCACAGUUACCCCAUUCAGGACCAAGGAGUCCUCCACACCUGCCCAUCCCCAGUCCCACAAAAACAGUAUUUCUGUCUUGUCAGGAUUCAGCCUCAAUCUGUUAGCCGCCAUCCAUCCUCCAAUCGUCUCCAGACACUCACACAGGACCUUCACUGUGUUCACUGGUUCUGAUUUGAAAGAGAGGUAGAGCUGGGUAUCAUCCGCAUACUGAUGAACACCCAGCCCAACCCCCCUGAUGAUCUCUCCCAGAAGCUUCAUAUAGAUGUUAAAAAGCAUGGGGGAGAGGACAGAACCCUGAGGCACCCCACAAGUGAGAUCCCAGGGGUCUGAACACUCAUCCUCCACCACCACUUUCUUGACACGGCCCAGGAGGAAGGAGGGGAACCACUAUAUAACAGUUCCCCCAGCUCCCAGCCCCUCUAGACGGUCCAGAAGGAUGUCAUGGUCAGUAGUAUCAAAGUCCGCUGAGAGAUCCAGCAGAACUAGGAAACAGCAUUCACCUUUGUCCCUAGCCCACCAGAGAUCACCGACCAGCGUGACCAAGGCAGUUUCAGUCCCAUGGUGAGGCCUGAAUUGGAAGGGAUCCAAAUGGUCCGCAUCCUCCAGGCGAGCCUAUAGUUGUUCAGCAACCACCCACUCAAUCACCUUGCCCAAGAAUGGAAGAUUUGAAACUGGGCGAUAGUUGGCCAUUUUGGCCGGGUCCAAAGAUGGGGUUUUUUUAAGAUGCAGCCCAGUAUCAGGGAGUACCAAUCUUCUUGGACAGUUUGCACAUUUGGAAUGUUGAGAAUUGCAGUUUUGAGACUGCUUCCUGGGCAUCAGUCACAAAAUAUAAUUUUGUGCCACAUUGCAGAAAACCAUUAUGGGGUGGAUGGAGCCUUUUACUUGCACAUGGACAGCCUUCCCCAACAUCAUGCCUUGUAGAUAUUUAGGACCACAGCUGCCUUCACUCCCAAUAUUGGGAGUUUUAGUCCAAAACACCUGCAGGAUACCAGGUUGGAGAAGGCAAUCCUCGUGCGAGGAAGAGACUCCAUCCAUUCCAUAAUGGUUUCCCGCAACCCUAAGCCUUUGCCCUAAACCUUGGGCAAGUGCCCAAGGCAUAAAAGAUCCCAGAGGGUGCACCAAGACAUUACUCACAUGCAACUGGGUAUCAAGGACCAUAGAAGGUUUCUGUCAGCCUUGAAUUUAACUUUUUUAGCUUUACUGUAACUGAACAUUGCCUUUCUGUUAACUCUGGAAAACAUUUUAAGGUCAUAGAAGUUGGUAGUAAUCUGCAUAUACCAUAGUGGAGGCAUAUACCACAAUGGAGGCUACUAUGAGGCUUGGGAUUGCUACCGUGGAGGGGCGAGGGAGGUAUGGUGGUGGGGGCAGAUGUUAUAGGCGAAGGGGAUCGAGAUAUGGAUAUGCUCGUACCCCUUCCAAUCUGCGCUUCAUCCCGAAGGACGAGGGUAGGGUGAGCAAGGAUUACUCACCUCCGUCACUGGUGCUGUGAAAUGCCAGGUCUAUAGGCAACAAAACCGCCACCCUGCGAUAUUUAUUUAUCUCGCAGGGGGUCGACCUGGCUUGUGUGACGGAGACCUGGGUGCGCGAAGGGGCAACAGUUACCUUACGAGAGAUGGCGCCCCCGGGUUUCUCCGUCCUCCACCAGUCACGGACUGUGGGCCGGGGGAGAGGGGUGGCAUUAUUAAUCCGGGAAGAUUGUCCUUUCAGGGCUCUACCAUCGCCAUCGAUCCCUGGCAUUGAAUGUUUUGGCCUAGUGUGGGGCUUGGCUCUCUGGCUGGUGUACCAGCCACCCUGUCAGGCCUAUUGGAGGCGGUGGCCGGCUGGGCCUUGGAGUUCCCUAACCUAUUGGUAUUGGGGGACUUCAACAUCCAUGCUGAUGCCACUCCCUCCUCACAGGCUCUGGACCUGGUGUCUUCCAUGGCAACACUAGGGCUCUCCCAGUUUGUUUCGGGCCCCACACAUCAAGCAGGCCACACGCUGGAUUUGAUCUUUGGCGUAGGUAUAGAUGUGAUCAUGUCUCCUUCGAUGAAGGUGCCAUAGUCUGAUCACUACGCUCUGAAAGUCAGGAUUGACUUUCCACCCCCACCCUUCUUAGGUGGCGAGCCGAUUUGGGCUCGCCCGCAGAGGCUGAUGGACCCUGAUAGAUUCCGCCAAGCCUUGCGGGACCUUGCUCCCCCUGGCAACUCAUUGACUGAGCUUGUUGAGGGCUGGAAUAUCCAGCUCCUGGCAGCCAUCGAUGAGAUCGCACCUAAGCGCCCUCUGCGACCCCGCAGAAACCGGGCUCUCUGGUUUACCGAGGAGCUCCGGAAAAUGAAGCGGGACCUCAGACGGCUAGAGCGAGGAUGGCGGGGUGCCUGUGACGGAGCCUCAAGAACAUCUUAUAGGGCUUUUAUGAAAACCUACGAGAUGGCGGUGAAGGCUGCUAAGAAGUCUUACUUCUCGGCCUCCAUUGCAUCCGCUAGCUCUCGCCCAGCACAAUUAUUUAGUAUAAUCAGGUCUUUAACGUCCCUUGAGGGACAGCCAAAUUUAAAUUACAAUUUGACACACAGCUGUGAGGCAUUUGCGAGCUUUUUUGCGGAGAACGUCUUGUUGCUCCGCCAUGACCUCCCUGCCAAUUUGGAUACAAUAAAGGAACUGGAGGCCCCUCGACUGUCCUCGGGUCCAGUAUUGGACCACUUCAACCGGAUAUCCCCAGCCGAUGUGGACAGACUCCUCCGAGCUGGAAAGCCCACCACCUGUCCUCUCAACCCGUGCUCAUCUUGGCUGAUUAGAGUGUGUCCAGAGGAGGUGCGGGCCCUCCUGGGGGAUAUCAUCAAUUUGUCCCUUGGCACGGGGACAUUCCCAGGGGAACUGAAGGAAGCAGUGGUGUGCCUGCUCUUAAAGAAAACAUCAUUAGAUCCUUUAGAUCUAUCCAAUUACCGCCCGGUUUCGAAUCUUCCAUUCCUGGGUAAGGUGAUUGAGAGAGCGGUUGCUGAACAGCUUGGUGGGUUUCUGGAUGAAACAUCAGCUCUGGAUCCAUUCCAGUCCGGCUUCCGCGCUGGUCAUGGGACCGAGACGGCUCUGGUUGCCCUAACAGAUGAUCUUCGUAGACAGCUGGAUCGAGGUGGGUCGGGGCUGCUGAUUCCUCUAGAUCUGUCAGCAGCUUUCGACAUGGUCGAUCACGAACUUCUGGACCACCGCCUUGCCGAUGUGGGGAUCCAGGGCACAGUCCUUCAAUGGCUGUGCUCGUUUCUCUCUGGUCGGGGACAGAGGGUGGCGCUUGGGGGGGAAUUGUCAUCGCGCCACUCCUUGGUGUGUGGAGUACCUCAGGGUGCGAUACUCUCCCCGAUGCUUUUCAACAUCUUUAUGCGCCCCCUCGCCAAGCUUGUCCGGAGUUUUGGGCUGGGUUGCCAUCAGUAUGCUGGUGACACCCAACUCUAUCUGUUGAUGGAUGGCCAUCCUGACUCGGCCCCAGACACACUGACCAGAUGUUUGGAAGCUGCGGCUGGAUGGUUAGUGAGAGCCGGUUGAAGCUAAAUCCUUCGAAGACAGGUCCUGUGGCUGGGACGGGACGAUAUGGGAUGGGGGGGGCAACUCCCAUCUCUUGUGGGGGUGCAAUUAGUGCCAGCACCGUCCGUUAAGAGUUUGGGUGUAAUCUUUGACACCUCCCUUUCCAUGGAGGCGCAGAUUGCAGCUACAACAAAGGCGGCAUUUUUCCAUCUCCGCCAAGCUAAGCAGUUGGCUCCUUACCUCUCUCGCCCUGACCUAGCCACUGUGAUCCACGCGACGGUCACCUCCAGACUGGAUUAUUGUAACUCGCUCUACGUGGGGCUGCCCUUGAGACUGACCCAGAAACUCCAGCGGGUGCAGAAUGCUGCAGCGAGACUCCUUACGGGGUCUUCGCUGCGAGAUCACAUUCACCCGGUGCUAUACCAGCUGCACUGGCUCCCGGUGGAGUACAGGAUCAGGUUUAAGGUGCUGGUUUUAACCUUUAAAGCCCUAUACGGCCUAGGACCCUCGUACCUACGGGACCGCCUCUCCUGGUAUGCCCCACAGAGAAACUUACGGUCUUCAAAUAAAAACAUCUUGAAGGUCCCAGGCCACAGAGAAGUUAGGCUGGCCUCAACUAGAGCCAGGGCUUUUUUGGCCGUGGCUCUGAUCUGGUGGAACACUCUGUCACAAGAGACUAGGGCCCUGCGGGACUUGACAUCUUUCCGCAGGGCCUGCAAGACAGAGCUGUUCCACCAGGCCUUUGGCCAGGGCACAGCCUGACUCCCUCGGCAAUCUUCGUGGAGCUCUGGCCCAAUGGUUGCCAGUGGCUUGAAUUAAUUAAUUUUAUAAUGAAUGAUUUUAGAGUGUUGUUUGUGCUGUACUUUUGUACUGUUUUAUUGUUGUUAGCCGCCCUGAGCCCGGCUUCGGCUGGGGAGGGCGGGAUAUAAAUAAAAGUUGUUAUUAUUAUUAUUAUUAUUAUUAUUAUUAUUAUUAUUAUUGCAUGAUUAAGACUUCAACAAGAGGGCCUGCCUUGCCUCCUGGAAACUUCUUGGCCCUUGGAUUUCAUCAGCAUCUAGGGGUGAACCAUUCUAAUGGCCGGAAAGCAGGCAGAGUGAUCUUUCUCGCAGAUGAAAUGGUAACUGGCUAUCUAAACCUCACCAGGAUCUGACCAUGACAAUGAAGCCAAAGAAAACCCCUUCACAUUCAAAUCGCCAUCUCUCAGUGCAGAUAAGAAUAGCAAGUGAGGAUUUGACCCACCAUGAGUUUUGGGACGAUAACGUUUUGAGAGCCAUCCUAGGUAUGCCAGCAUCAGCAUGGAUGCUGAGAUCUUAUAGAACGUCUAACCUGUAGUCUUUGAUAUCAGAUCUAGUUAGAUAGGUUUCUACCAAAGUCAUCAUCUUUUCCCCCUUUUUCAAUCCCAGGUCUACAAUGUCCAUUACAUGAUGAGUAUUAAUGGGAAGGCACAAGAGGCGUCAAUGGAAAUAGAUGCUGGGAACAACCUGGAAACCUUUAAAACUGGAAGUGGUGAGGAAGAGGCUAUUGAAGUUCAUGAUUUUCAGAUUGUAAGUAUGGUUGGCUGAAGGUUUUUUGGGGGGGGGCGUAUCCCAAGAAGGAAUGGAGGAAGCAGUGGUGAACUUUGGGCUUUCAAAUUUCAGCAGUGCCCUGUAUGAUGCCAAAAUUUGACACACACACCUCUCCACCUCUUGCCUUCCAUUCUAAGUCAUUGUUGCGGCACCCUCUCAGCUUGGCUCCCAGGGCUGGCAAGCCAGUCACGCUCCCCUCAGUAUGCAUUUGGAGUGAAAGCACCAAGGCAGCAGCGGGCGGGGGAAGAAUUUCAGCUGGGGUCCAAGCCUAGUUUUUUUACUGAGACCACCUUGGCUGCCAUGUACAGAAUUUUAAAAAAUCAUUUAACAAAAAUUAUAUACCACUUGAUUGUGAAUAGAACCUCUGAGCAGUUCAUCAAAAAUGCUGAAGGGGGGGGGAUGUAAAAGCAUCUCUGAUUAUUCUCCGUGGCCUCUCAAUGGCCUAUGAUACCACUGACCAUGGAAUCCUUCUGUGAAGACUGUGAGCAGGGAGAACAGGGCACUGCUGGGCUGGAACAGUGCCUGACCUUGCUAAUGGACUGGAUGAGAACCAACAAACGGAUGCUCAAUCCAGCCUAGACUUAAGACAUUUCGAGGGGGUGGUUCCUGUGCCCAGAUGAGCAAGAUUAGUUCUGGAUGGGGUUACACUCCCUUGGAAGAAGCAGGUUCACAGCUUGGAGCUACUCCUGGAUCCAGUCCUGUCACUGGAGACACAAGUGGCCUUAGUGGCACUGAGGGCCUUCUACCAGCUUGGAAACUACAGCUAGUGGAAAAUGUGGCUGCUUGAAUGUUAACUGGGACAAGAAUGUGUGAACAUGUAACACUGGUUCUGGUCUGACUGCAGUAACUGUCAAUUUGCCCAAUUCAAGCUGCUGGUUUUAACUGUAUACAACUCAGUAAGCCUGUAACUAAAGUUCCCCAUAUGAACUUUCCCAGACCCUGAGGCCCUUCGACAUAUGUUGAGAGGAAAUGCCUUCUCUUAAAUAGCCGACUGUUUGUGGAAUGCUAGCUCUAGGGAGACUUCCCUUAUCAAUAUUUUGGUUCCUGGGAAUUCUUCAUUUUCCUGGUCAUUUGAGAGUACCAGUGAUAUAAUUGCAUUGUUAAAUUUUUUAAAAUAUUAUUUUAUUACUGUAUUUUUUACUUGGUAGUGAAUAACAUUGGGUCUUUUUUAGUAGGAAGCAAAGCAUUUUAUGUUAAAAGCACUUCUGUAUCUUGCAGCAGUUGGGUGGGCACCUCAACAUUUAUGUUAAUAACCAAGGUCUGUUUUUCUAGGGCAUAAGUGGAAUUCGUUUUGCUGGAGGAGAAAAAUGCUACAUUAAAGCCCAAGCUAAAUCUCACAUCCCUGAAGUCAGUGCAAUGACCAAAGAGAGAAUCUCUUUGGAUCUGGUAGGUAGUCACCAAAAAUAUGCUUACACUGACAGCAAAGCUAUGUUUGAAGGAUUGUCAAGUGCAAGGGAAGGAGAGAGGCUUUGUGAUGGGAAGUGUGAAGGUGGAGCGGGGCCCUAGAGAACCUCCUGAAAGCAGCAGCAACACCAAGGAGCCCAUAAAGCAGCUGGGGAGGUUUCAGCUGCUCUUUAAGGUGCAGCCCAGCCUUGCCACCUCCUCACUUUUUGGCUAAGCUCUGCUGCUGCUGCUGCUGCUCCCCACUUGGGCCACGUCUGGCUUUCUUCAGCAGCAGCAUCUUCCAGGAGAGGUGCUCAGUGAAAGUCUGCAGCAGCCAAGGGAUCCUUGGGACUGGUGCUUAGAGGUGGCCCAUCCCAUUUCAUCACCUGAGGCAAAACGGAAAUCUGCUGCCUCCUGCCCCCCCUCCAGCCACCAUCACUUCUGCUGCCGCCAGAACGCCUCCCUCUUGCCAAGUUUCAGAGAGAGGGAGGUCUUCUGGGAUGAGGUGUUGCUGCUUGUUUCCCCACCGCUGGAGUGGAGAAGACAAGCGCCAAGGCCUUGCAGAAUGCCCACUCCUGGCUGAAACUUGGCAAGAUGGUGUCCAGAGGUGACAGAAGUGGUGGGGCAGGUGGGGAGCUAUCUCUUGAGCUUCUACUGCCUGAAGCAGCUGCUUCACCCUCACUAAUGGGUGAGCCAGCUCUGCCCCCCCCCCACUUAUGUAACGGUGCACAGGAGGGGCUUGAGCUGUUCUCUUGGUUCUUCUCGGCUUCUGCCUGAGAGAAGGCAGGACUGGGCAGGCACACAAGGCAGCCUGAACCCCCUCCUCCUCUGUGCCUUGGUUUGUUUGCCUUGGAAGCAGGCUGAUCCCUGCCAGCAGCAGGACUGUGUCUGUAUGGCAUGGCUUGAACACUGAAAGAAGAAACGCAUGGCAGUGGGCAGGCUGGCUCUGAUCCUAUGCAAAAGAAGCUGUUGUGAAGCAAGUCAGUAUAAGGGAAGCCCAUAUAAAUUUACACCAGAUCCAAAGCCCGCUCUGCAGAAUGGGACUGCUGUGUCCUAAUCCCCUGGCCUACCUGGCAGACAGUGUGCCAAGAUGAAGUUUCAGCUCCAGAAGCCAAUCCACACAAGCCAAGUCCAAAGAUCAGGAAACAGUAUGGAGUCAGUCCAAGUAAGCCAAGUUCAGCAGUCAAUCUCGAAGUAGAAACCCAGGAAGGUCCAAGGUGAAUCCCAGACGAGAUCCCUCAACAUGGUCAGUUGAGUGGACACAGCAGCUCCCUCUGCUGCCUUCUGACACUGUGUCUGCUGAUUGCAGCAUCUGGACUUGAUGAGGCAAGUGACCCUCACCUGCUCUCUGCUUACCCCAGCUGAGAAAUUGCAGACCUCCUUCCCUACCUGGCCAGCUAGUGAACUAGGCUGCAGGCCUUGGCCUGCCUCUGCUUCCUGGAGUGUCCCGCCCGCUGUUCCCUACAUCUUAGGACCUGCCAUGUUUGUGGGGAUGGGGGCCUCUCUGGCUCUGGGUCCCACUGCUCGGCUUCCUGUGCACUGGCCUCUGUACCCUCAUUAUCCUCUGUCACCCCAUGAGUAUUGUCUAUCCCAACCUCUCCUUCCCCAUCCCCAGCUUGCUCCCGUGUGACCCACUCUGAGCUGAACCCCUUGCCAGGAUCCUCUUCCUCCUCCCUGGUCCUGCCAGUUCUGUUGCUGCUUUGCCCAAGCCUGUCAGCAGGAUAAGAGUCUUUAAAAUAAUUCUGUGCCAGGUUACAUGACCAAGCUGAACAGGCUUAGGAUCCACCUGAGCCCCAGCCCAAGCCCUGGUCCCACCUGCAUCGCACCCCCAAAACAUCUCUUUUUGGCCUCUGUUCAAUUGGCUGGGCCCCCAGCCAAGCAAGUGUUUCUUGGGCUGAGCCAGGGUUGGGGACGUGACCUCAGAUGAGCCUAGUUGAGCCAAGAACCAGCUGGCUGAAGAUGGCCUCCUUCAUUAACAAUGUCCUUGGAGGGCCAGUCUGAGGCAUCACAUUUUAGGAAAACUGCAGGGGGAGGGACUGAGCAAAUGAGAGAGCUUUUGGCAUGGAAGGCAUGUGAGAGAAGUGUUGCAGGGGGAAUUGUUUACUGACACUGAGGGAACUGGGUAGUCAGAAGUUUCUUUAGGAUGCACGACUUAGGGAUGGUUUAAAUUUUAGUGAAUCAUUCCUCAGAAUAUGAGGUUAGGUUUAAUUACCCCAGAGAUCCAUUUUAUGAUACUGUGAAAGAUUUGGUUUGGACUGGAUACAGCUUGCAGUUCCACUGUUAAGCUAAUAUGAUAGCUCUGAUUAAAAGUCUUGUUCAGUGAAAGCAAUUAUAUUGACCCAAAGCUUGCAGUGCAAGUUAAAGAAAGCCUUCAUUUGGAAGUGCACCCUGUAGGUCUUUUCAUUUUCAUAUUCGAAGAAGUGUUGGAAAAUGGCACUGAUUGAACUAGAAACUUUAAGGAAUCCAAAUAUUUUUUACAUAAGAGAGCUGCUAUUCUGUAGCUGCACUGCAGAAACACUAAAAUGGAAGCAGAGGAUAAAAUUCAGAUUGCCCUCUGAGAUCACUUUAAGUACCACACACUAGAUCAAUUUUAUUUAGCCAAGUAUUGAUUUUGUAACGGGCUCCUAGGCUCUCUAGCUAGUGAUAUUUUUUUAAAAAUGUUUUUAUCCCCUUCUUUUGCCGUUUUAAAAUAAUAAUAAUAAUAAUCUGUGAAAGCUUUUUAGAAAUAAAAAUAACUGAAUAGAUGUGGGGUUGGCGUGGACUUCAGAAAACCAAAUUACCUCAGACUGGAGAUAAACCACUUUCUGGUUUUUGGAAAUGCUAGUUUAAUUGGCCAUUUUAUAUUCAAUAUCUACUACAAUGAAAUGUGCAGUAAAACAUUUAGGACAUAAUAUUGUGCUUUUCUUUUGCUGUAAGUGCAAAAAUUGUCAUAAUGCAACACUAAAGUAACAGAGUCAAGGCGUUAGGGUGACUGAAUUACCCAUCAUGUGCAUUUGUGCUUUCAAACACCAGCAUACCCUCCAACUUUCAUCUGAGAAAUGUUGGAGGGCAUGCUGCCCCUUUGGCCCCUGUGUUUCGGCUGGUGGCCCCAGGAGUUCUCACCCCGCCCCUUCAAGGAUCUUGGAGGCCGGUGAUUUCUGUGCAGAGGCUCAGCACAGAGGCUGACGAACCACAGUGCCCCCUACCAGUGACCAGAGGAGGUAGUUCAUGCCAUGGUCAGCCUCAACAAAUGGUCAACACCCGUUGUCCAAAGGCAGCAGAGCGUGGCAGUUGUUCAUGUGGGUGAUCGUCUAGUGGCGACGCCAAGCCUGUUGCACUGUAAUCAAUAAAAUUGUGGCCUACUAUAAUCCAGCACCAGGUUGUGUUUGCUCCCAUUAAGGUUUUCCCUUAACUGUGGGACCCAGAACACCCACCAGAGUGGCUAGCAAAAGUGCCUCUUUCCCUGCACCUGGUUGUCUUUAAUUUUAUCCUGAGUUCUUCUUUGAAAAUAGAGAGUUUCUUGGGACAGCUUGAGUCACAGGGACAGCUGAAGGAGGCAACUGCCUUAGGCAGCAGGUGCUGAGGGCUGGGGACAGAGCUACGACUGCCAUGCCGCCAGCUUUGCAUCUGCUGUGCUAGCCUGCUGCCUUCAAUGUACCGUAUUUUUUGCUCCAUAAGACACACUUUUUCUUCCCAAAAAGUAAGGGGAAAUGUCUGUGCGUCUUAUGGAGCGAAUGCGUGGUCCCUUGGAGCUGAAUUGCCCAGGGGCAAAAUGCAGAUCAUGCUUUUUUUUUUUUUUAAAGAGGGAAGUGGGUGUUGAAACAAAGCAGCUGUUUGUUGGGGGGGGUUACCAUGUGGCGUGGUCUGAGUCCGGUCCUGGGUCGAGGGUAGGGAGGCUGUCUGUCAAGGGCGAAGCAGGGUCCAAGGCAAGGAGCCGGGCGUGGUCAGGAACUCCGGAAGAGCAGGUCAGGGUGCUGGCAGGAACAGGUUUCCAGCGAUGUUGCUCCCGCAACCUGGGACUGGGCUGACUGGCCUUUAUCUCCUCUGGGGCCUAGGGCGGUCCCGGCCCACAGGUGAUUCGCCUCUCCUGGCCUUAAGGAGAGCACUCCUCCUGAGAGAACUUAGUUCCCUCCGCCUCUCUGCCCUGAGCCUCUGCAGCCCAGGAGAGGCUGGAGGGUUACUGGACCCAGAGGCAACCUCACCUUCCCCUGACAGGGCUGGGAGAGGAGCACCUGCAGGCAAUGGGUCCUCCAUCACCUCCAGAGCCAGAGUGGAUUCAUCUGGUGUCUGCUCCUGAGGAUCCAGCACAGGUGCGGGCCCUUCAGAGUCAAGCCCCUGCCCUGGCUCAGCCGGCCCUGGAGGCGGGGACUCCUGUGCAGGCUAGGAUUCUUCAGGUUCAGCCUCUCAAUCAGAUUCCCAGGCCAUCACAGCAGCUGAUUGUUUGCCAAUCAGGAGCGAGAUAAGGGAUGCUAGAGAUAAAGGAGGCUGCCUGGGAGGGGGGAGGAAAAGACAGCAAACUUGCAAGGAGAGGAGACAGGAAGACUAAAGCAAUGAGGAGAAAAAUUAGAAGAAGAGGAGGAGCAAAAAAAACCUGCUCCAGCUAAGGAAAAGACAGUAAGGCAAACAAGAGGGAAGGGAGUUUUGAAAGGAAGCAGCUGAUCGGUAAGGGAUCGGGAGGGAGAUAAAGGAGGCUGCCUGGGAGGGGGGAGGUAAAAGCCCAUGGAUCCUCAGGAUUUUUGCAUUGGGUCACCCCAAAUUCACCAUCAGAUCACAUAGCAUGUCCAUGGCUACAGCCUGCACCAAAAAAACCAUGCAUCCACUGUUUCAUGGGGCUGCAAUGGUGCAAAAAUGUGGUUACAAAGCAUGGAUCCACAUGGAUCCUCAGGAUUUUUGCAUUGGGUCACCCCAAAUUCACCAUCAGAUCACAUAGCAUGUCCAUGGCUACAGUCUGCACCAAAAAAAUCACGCAUCCACUGUUUCAUGGGGCCACAAUGGCGCAAAAAUGUGGUUACAAAGCACAGAUCCACAUGAAUUCUCAGGAUUUUUGCAUUGGCAUGAACCACAAAAAUCACACAUCCACUGUUCCGUUCAGAAUGUUUUGUUUUUUGUUUUCCUCCUCUAAAAACUAGGUGCAUCUUAUGGUCAGGUGCGUCUUAUGGUCAGGUGUGUCUUAUGGGGUGAAAAAUAUGGUAUUUUCCUUUCAGCAGUAUUGGGGUAAGAUCCACCUACUAGUCCAAUUGGCUUCUGUCUGGUCCUUAGAGGCAGGUGCCAACAAAAUGACUUGAGGCAGCCCUGCUGAGCCACCCCAUCUAAGCGUCAUGCCACAGAAUUGAAGUCAAGCCAGCAGGAUCUCUCAGCACCUGAAAUCUUAUUCUGAUAAGGUGAUCUUGCCCUUGCUGAAAGAGAGGCAAGCUUGGACCUCUUAGGAAAUGCAAAAAAGUACCUGUCAAGGCUGCCUCAAGUCUUAGCUCACAAAAGACCAACGCCUCUGUCUUCUUAUAUACAAAAGUGUUUAUUGCAGUUCAUGGUUUACUUGACCUCCUAGGUGCGCAGCCUUACGUCUUUUACGCUAGACCGCCGAAGUCCCCUCUGAGUCAGUUUCUCCCCUGCACCAAUUUAAGAGACUUGCGCUGCUCCACCUCUUUCUCUCCUUCCUUUUCCGCAGGGUCCUUCUGCCCACUGGGGUUUCGCCCCUCCUGGAUUCCUCUGAUGCGGAAUCCCCAGACUGCUCUUCCCCCCUCCUGCGGGCUUUGGGACCUGGCCCCUCCUCCGGGCUCCCUGCACUUCCGCGCGCCUCUACAUUUGAACUAGGCGCGCGCGCCAAACCUCUAACUUUCCUUUUGACAGUUACACUACUCCCUUCACUGCUCCCCUCCCUUCCGGGAGGGCGGCUUGCUCUGACCCCCUCCUUUCUCUGCGGCUGGAGCUGCUUCCUCUGACACACUGGAAACUCCACCCCCUUCGCUGCACUCUGGUGGGGAGGCUGGUCCUGGCGCCCAGCUGCCACUUUGGGAUCUUCCGCUAGCACCCUGCUCCUGACACUUCCCCCUGGGGCUCCUGCCCUUGACCACCGGCGCCCCCUUCUGGGAAUCCUCUGAUUCGCUGGAAAGACUCAUGGAAUCUCUUGAGUCAUUGUCAUCCUCUUCCUCGCUGGCUUGGAAUUCCUCCCCCUCGCUCUCCAUCUCCUGCCUACCCUGUGCCUCUCUCCCUGAACCCCUGACAGUACCUAAUCCACAAGGUGGGUUACGCUUGCCGGCCAGCUCCCAUUCAUCCACAUGAGAUGAUUAAUAGCCAGAUGAAAUGAUUUGCUGGCACUGGGCAUGGGGCUGGGGGAAUCAUCUCAGCCUAACGCUUCUGUCUGCCAUAUGCCUGGAUCCAUGCUGGCUUGCAGUGCAGGGGCUGCCACUGAUUUACAAAGCAAAGCCUAAUCUCCAUCACAGUUCUGAACUGAGCUCCUUGUGAACACUGAGUCCUGAGGUUUUUGUCUUCUAGAAACAGUGUACAUAAUUCUAGACAUAAAAACAAAAUCCGUAAUUCAAGUUGUUCCAAGGAGUGAGAGAAGCACAUAACUAACAACCAUGUAGUGUGUGCAAGAUUCUUGGUCGGAGAUGUGUGCAAAUUGAUUUUUCAACCUGCAGGAUACUAUGGAGGUGAUAGCAUCAUGAUGGCACCCAAAAUCUUGCAUGACUUCAUCAUUACUGCAGUCAGAACACACAAUGUUGUCAUAGCUUUUAAGCACUUGAGGGCACCAUGGAUCCCUAAACAGUUAAUAAUCCUGCCAAUAAAACACCCUUUAAAAAUGUUUUAAAGUGUCUUUUUUAAAAAGCGAAGCCAAUUUCACUCUUUCCCUUAAACCUAAUAAGACCGGCUCCUGGUAACAGCUAAUCUCAAAUGGAACCGAAAUUGGAAAGAAUGAAAGUAACCCAAAAUGUUCUUUUUUUGCUAAAUCCUUGACUAUUAGCACCCAAUUUCACAUGCAACACAUACCAUACCCUUUGUCAGUCAAAUUAACAGCGGGUUUGUUUAUUUUCUUACUCUCCUUUUACAGGAAGGUGAAAUUAUGCCAGCUAAAUUUGCUGAAAAUUCGCUAAUCUGGGUCGCUGCAGGUCAACCCAUAAAGAACAAUAAUUUUCUGAGUCCCAAAAUUUUAGAGCUCUGUGGAGAUCUACAGAUAUUCUGGCUUCGGCCAUCCUAUCCAAAAGGUAACAUUUAUUUAACCUUUAAAUCCUAGACUUAAGCCAUCUUUGCCCAUCCAAAUUAAUUUCAUUCUGGGGGAGGCCUAGGGAGAUCCUAGAGCCAGACUCAUUACAAGGCAGUCUACUGGCUUAUACUGAAUCACAGCCCUCGGCUAUCCAGCCCAGUGUCACCUAUUCUGAGAGGCACAGGUCUCGUGACAUAGGCCCUAUGAGGAAAGGUUACAACAUUUGGGGCUUUUUAGUGUAGAAAAAUGACAAACUAUUUUUCUGCUGUCAUUGGGAUUUGGAGCCCCUCAAGCCUCCCCAGUGGUGCAGAGGCGCUUGAUCUGUUGUUUAGAGAUGCAGCUGUUAUGUGUGAUGCACCCCGUGUAAAGAACUCAUACAUUGCAGGACAAUAGAAGUAACUGAAUUUCAACUCUUUUAGCUUAGUGGGUUCUUUCAACCAGCACUUAGCUGAACCUAUUUAAAUGAGUCAUGUACCCCAAUGUCUGUCUGCAGUCGGGCAGAGAAGAAAGAGAGGAGCUAUGCGGAAAGCACGCCAAGCUCAGACAAACUUGGAUCUGGAUCAGUUCAAUGCUGCUGCUGAAGAGGUGAAUACGAGGCCACGAACCACCCAGCGGGCUCAGCAGCGUAGACAGCAGUCUAACGCUACCUGGACUUCUGAGCAAGACACCCAGCCAGCCUUUAACCCAGACAAUCCUUACCAUGUGAGUAUUUGUUAGCAAUGGAACACAUCCACAGUCUUGGUCAAUGUGCAUCUCCCCAGGCGCUUCUACAGAACGCCCCUGAAACUGCCUCAUUCUUCCAUCUUCUGGUACUGACCAAACAGGUGAGCCAGGAGAGAGCAGUCAGCCAGUCACUGACUUAGGUGAGCUGAGGUUUCUACUCUGUGCAGUUUCAGAUGAAAACUACAUUGCUGAGCCUUCUGCAUCUAAGGAGGGAGCAUCUAUUUACAAUAGGCAAAAAAAUGAAACACACCAUAGUUUGUUCCUGGAAGGACAUGGACUGCAUCUGGGUGCUUGUAAGCAGCAAGAGAAAAGGGAAGCCUGGGUCGCCUGUUAUUUUCUCCCACGUUAGACGGCACAAGAGCAAGGAUCAGGGCCAAACUCAGUAGUUCUGCCCAAGGCGCUCCAUGUUUUCCCCUCAAUGGCUGGGCAUAGCAUGUGAAAGGGGGCCCUCACUCCUAUACCUGUCCCCACACAAAGGCAUCUCUGGAAUCUGAAACACUAAUCAAGAGGCAGGAAUAUGAAAAACCAACAUCUGAUAGAUGACCAGGAUGGAUGAGGGGACCACGGUAGAACUAGGUCAUUCUCGGAGUCUUGGAGCAGAGAACUGAGGUGAAACGCUUCCAGGGAUUUCAGUAUUGGACAUGCCUUUCCUUCAGUCUUUCACAUGCAGCAGCCAACUGUGCCAGUUAUUGCAAUCAUCCUGUACUGUCCUCAAAAGUUAAUCUCAGUGGUUUGAGUUUAAGGGAGGAUACAAGAUAAAAAUUAGUGCAUUAUAUUAAUUAGUAAUAAAUUGCAUUUUCUGUCAGAUAACGGAAGAUACUGACAAAAAUUACAGAUGGCAAGUGAAAAGCCAGCCUACUUGUGGUAACAUGAUAUGCAUUUUCUUCAUAGUUCUUUCACUAUUUCUUUUAAAAAAUAAGUUUAAUCAAGUCAGCAAAGAACAAAGAUGAACACCUGCCAGGAAAAGAAAACAAAUACCAGCCAACAGCAUAACCCAGGCAUGGCCAAACUGGCCCUCCAGCUGUUUUGGGACUACAACUCCCAUCAUCCCUAGCUAACAGGACCAGUCAGGGAUGAUGGGAACUGUAGUCCCAAAACAGCUGGAGGGCCAAGUUUGGCCAUGCCUGGCAUAACCCCUGGUCACAUUCAAUGCAGCUGCUGGGGCUGCGGGAGGCAGAAGGCCAUCAAUAUCCAAGAGAUCAAAUUUCCUAUCAGAGGCAUGCGCUCGCUGUUCCCAGGGCACUCUACAUUUUGCACACGAUUCAUGCCUUGCACUGGUAAAUGAGCAAAGUGAAUAACAAUGUCCUUAGGAAAGGCAUUGCCAGGCAGGUGCCUUCUCAAGGUCCUGGAGGCCCCCUCCCUGUCAGAAACAGAGAGCAGGUCUGGACAGCAGCUAUUAAUCCAUGCCAGGAAGAAACAGAUCCCACCAUCCUCUGCAAGACCAUCUUCCACACCUUGAACCCAUGAGUUCUGGUGAUUAUAAUUCUUUAUCAUCCUCACCAACCACUCCUUUUUCUUCUGAUGGCUUAACCAGACUUUUCUCCAUAUCACUGCUACCCUCCUAAUCCAAGGACUCUGGAGAGCUGAGAUCAACUUCAGAAGGGUAAAUGUUGUCCUGGUUUUCCCUCUGUGCUUCUCCUGCUCAUCCAUUUUCUCUCAGUUCCACUAUAAUUACCUCUCUGUAAGCAGUAGUCAGUAGCUGAAAGCAUUUGCUGUGUUAAAUUGAAGAAACUCAGUCAAUGGGAAACUGCACUGACCUGCUACACUAAACUUGUAUGGAGUUGCUAAUUUAAAGGAAGCUCGAUUAUUGGGGGGUGGGUUGCAUAAUGUUUUAGCCACCAUCAAAGAGAUCUUCUACGCCAGUGAUGGCCAAACUUGGCCCUCCAGUUGUUUUGGGACUGCAAUUCCCAUCAUCCCUGACCACUGGUCCUGUUAGCUAGGGGUGAUGGGAGUUGUAGUCCCAAAACAGCUGGAGGGCCAAGUUUGGCCAUCACUGUUCUAUGCCCAUGCUGCUUGCCCAAGGCCCGUUCCCCCAAGCACCACUCACAUUUCACUAUUAAGAAGUCACACUGACUUUCCCAGCACCUGCUGCUGUAAUAGGACUUCUUUCCCAUUUGCAUUCCCCACUUAAAAGUGUACAACCAAAUAAGGCUGAGUGCCUGAAAACAAGUAUUAAACUUCUAAAGAUCAGUCUAGAAUCUAGAGGUCAGCUACAACCUCUUUGAAAUCCAAUUUAAGAGCAACUGAAUCUGUGAAUUAAUGGCCAUGGUGAAUUCUUGCUAUUUUUAUGAUACUUAAUGAAAUGUACCACUAAAAAACUGUGCUUGUUAUAUUUCAAAUUUCAGCAGCUGGAGGGGGGUGAAGGGAUGACAUUUGACCCACGGCUAGACCAUGAAGGAGUCUGCUGCAUUGAGUGCAGACGGAGCUACACACAUUGCCAGCGGAUCUGUGAACCUCUCCUGGGAUACUACCCGUGGCCUUAUAACUACCAAGGCUGCCGUUCCGCUUGCCGGCUGGUCAUGCCCUGCAGCUGGUGGGUUGCUCGCAUCUUGGGUGUGGUGUGAAGGAAGAGGGAAGUGCAGGAGGCUGUCCUGGGCAACCAAACAGAAGCAAGAAUAUCUCUGCAAGUGAAUCUGUUUGUAUGUAUGUUAAAUUAUCCCAGAAAAUGACAUUGGCUGAUGUAGAUGUAAGUAAAGUUAAAACCUCACGUUAAUAUUUUAUUAGUUUUACAAAUAAAGUAUUGAAAACCU